AUGAGCCUCCUGACUACGCUGCUCAGGGGAUCGCUCUUCCCGGGCGACAAGACUACGGACUGCCCACUAGUAGACACGCACCAGUUGAAGGUGCAUUUGCGAUUACUGCGCGCCUUCCAUGACUUGAGAACGUCUGUCCAGAACACAGAGCCUUCCCGAAUACCCCCGGGCGCGGAGAGGUUGAAUAAGCGCCAGCGGUGGGCAUGGUUCCUCCAUCUUGCCGUAGAGCGGUUUGAGCGUUGGGUGUUGUCGCUCCCCGCUUCUUACACGUCUCCAAAUUGGGCAGCUUCGCAUGUUCCCCCGAUUGACGUCCUGCUAACAUGGCAUGCGUACAUGCUCAAUCCUAUGUGGUAUACUGAGGAUGGGCUGCGAAUCCGUGAGAUCGCAGCCUUGCCGAGAUUUCGAUUGGACUCGUGGCUAAAGGGCGCGCGGACGCCUUUCGAUCCCCUGGAAUCCAUGUCAGUACUCAGCGACAAAAGGGUGGGUUGCCCCCAAUGCGGCGAGGGGCUACUAGUUCCCUUUCUCCUCGAGGAUGGGAGCGGUUAUGCCCAGCAGGGGUUCAAGAUAGAAUGUCCGUACUGCUCACUCCGCAUCACGAAGGAGACGCUCGGCGUCGCGAAGAUUGCUCGAGAUCUGGCCCGUCCACAGGACCCGACUGACGGUGCGCUGCUUGCACAUCCCGAGGUUUCGGCUAUGAUGCCGAGUCAGUACCUGGCGGGCACGGUACAUACACAGUUCCACAUCAUGAAUAUUGUUCGAGCCAUGAGUGUGAAAGAGGCGCUCUUGCAAUCCCCCUCUGCGGUCGCGCUUAACCUGCGCAAGGUGACCCACGAGCGUAAGAGGGCGAGGGCCAUCCAGGAGAAGGCGGGUAAUUCGUUCGCCGGUUUCGAGGCACUAACCUCGGGGGCUUCGCCGCCUAGGAUCAUGAAUGCUUACGCCGAUGACCACAUAUUCUCAGUCGAGCUCGUUGGCGCAGUCUUGCGUCAGGAGUCGUUUAUAGACAAGAUGGUCAAUCUUGGCUGGACGGAUCCUACCUACUUCGAGGCGCGGGAAGAUGAGAUUGCUUUGCACCAUGCCGCAGCGCGAUAUCACGCCUUUCUUGAUUUAAUGGCUACCCCUCCGUUUGAAUACUACGUCCCGACAUUAGACAUCGACCUUGCUUGGCAUACACAUCAGUUGUACGCCGACCGGUAUGCUUCAGACUGUAGGAAAUAUAUGUCCCGCUUCGUUGACCAUGAUGACAAAGUCGCGGAGAGCCUCCUGUCAACGGCGUUCGAUACCACCUGUCGAACUUGGAAGUCUCGUUUUGGCAUACCCUAUGUCCAUUGCGGAUGCCCGCUCCCCGGGGACACCAUUGGUGCCCGCGUCUCCCAUCUGCGCAACCGCACACUACAUCAGCUCGUACACUCCGAGCCGCCAUCACACUCGGACCUCGUUCCGGGAGCAGACAGCGAUAUCGCCUGCGCAGGGACGCACCCUAGCGACCAUAACGCAGUGUGCGUGCUGGCAGAAGGUGAGGCGCACCGGGAGGCGUGGAAGCAGAAGGUCUCCCAGCGUCGAGACAAGGCGGGGGUGCAGAAGGGGAAGAUGGAUCGGAGGGCGUGGGAGAGAGGCGCUGGGCAUCAUAUACCUUUCUUGGUACCCUUGCCCAUGGACCCUCCAGCGCCUUGCGUGGCGACCAACGCCAACGUCGUGGAGGGCGGGACAGCGGGAUGCGCGACAGGCAUGGCUGAUUGCGCCGUUGGUGCGUCCGAAGAAAGAAGCUUAAUCGGUGGUUCGCUUGGUGCAGCUGGUCACUGGCUGCUUGCACUCCCGUAUUUUAGUCCGUGUAGGGGCGGCGCUAAUAGUACUCAAGGGGGUGGAUGGGAUGGAAACGCAUUCGGUAGCUUCUGA